UACUGAGUUUAUUCAAUGCGCAACAUUUUACAGAAUAAUAAACACGAUAUUCCGUAAUACAUAAUGAAGUUCGGACAUUGUGAAAUGGAAAAGACAUUAGAAAAUCAAUUUAUAUGUCAUAUUGUUAAAACGUACAGACAACAGCGCAUGAAAUUAUGUCCGUGUAAAUUAUCCGCGCGUGAACGAUCGUGCAAAAGCAUACAUACAUAUGUUAUACUCAUUUUGAGACACAUUCGUACAUCAUCGAAAGAUGCGGCAAUUGAUGAAGCUGAGAAAUUCUCUCGGUGUUGAAAUAAAACUAAACUGGACGUUACGAAAGUUCGUAUAUUAGCAUUCUUGAAAGCACUAUUUUUACCUUGUCUGUGGUGCUUUUAUUUCUGCAGUUACAUUUUCGAGGACGGUGAGUUGCAACGAAUCAAUAACGAUAAUCUUUAAUUCUACAGGUGAUAAUUAUUACGAGAGUUUUAAAAUUAAAUGUCUCAGCUUCAUCGAAAGCGGCAGAUCGCGUACAAUUCUUUAUUUGUAACCAACACGGAUUAUCGAUUGUUGUCACGUAUUUUAUUAAUAGACAAAUGCGUACGUCGCUCGUCGCUAGUCAAGAAUGCAAAAGGGUAUAACAGAUUCGGACACGAACACUAUUUGGACCGUGGAGACUUUAACAACGUUGGCAGCGCUUCGGGAAUUCGACGAGCGAAAUCCGUUUACUUCCGACAGACGAAUUGGAUCCCUUUCACCGAAUUAUCAGCGCAAGACAUUAGAACCAGUCCGAUUGAAAGAAACAGAAACGAGCGUUCUAUUUUUUUAAAAAAAGGUACCUCGAUACAAACCAAUUUCUUUGCCUUUUCGCACAUACUUUUUCUAAAUUUAUCAAGUGAUAUUAAUGUUUCACUUAUUCGCAGGUACGGCUCGUUUAAGGUGCACAGAAGGCACGUUUCGCGUGCACAACAUUUAUGGCGAUGGUAAUUGUAUGUUCCGAGCGAUUAGCUACAUUCUCUGGCGGAACGAAGGCGAGCAUCGAUAUCUGCGUUCAAUGGUCGUGCAACACAUCAAAGAGAAUUGGCACGAGUACGGACCAUUUGUGAUGGCCGAAUGGAACAUAUCCGACCGACAGACGUAUUGUGAUUAUAUGAACAUGGUUGGCACGUUCGCCAGUGAGCUCGAGUGCACGGUGGCGACGAAGAUGUAUUACAUGAACCUAUCCAUAUACCGCGAAAUCAACGAGAGACAAGAGUUAAAACGAGUCUUUCAUAAUCACGUUAGUUCUCGAUAUGAAACUGCGAGAUUACUAUUUACUGGAAACUCGGACAACGGUCAUUAUGACGUCCUGCUUCCCGACUAACAUUCUUCACGAGACCAAU